UGCAGCCCCGCGUUCUGCACCGCCGUCCCCCGCCGCCGCCAUGCCCAAAAGAAAGGCUGAAGGGGAUACUAAAGGAGAUAAAGCCAAGGUGAAGGACGAGACACAGAGAAGAUCUGCGAGGUUGUCUGCUAAACCUGCUCCUCCAAAGCCAGAGCCCAAGCCUAAAAAGGCCCCUGCAAAGAAGGGAGAGAAGGUACCCAAGGGGAAGAAGGGGAAAGCUGAUGCUGGCAAGGAUGCAAAUAAUCCUGCAGAAAAUGGAGACGCCAAAACAGACCAGGCGCAGAAAGCUGAAGGUGCUGGAGAUGCCAAGUGAGAUGUGUGCAUUUUGAUAACUGUGUACUUCUGGUGACUGUACAGUUUGAAAUACUAUUUUUUAUCAAGUUUUAUAAAAAUGCAGAAUCUUGUUUUACUUUUUUUUUUUUAAGCUAUGUUGUUAGCACACAGAACACUUCAUUGUUUUGGUGGGGGGGGGAAGGAACAUGUGUCACUAGCAAAAUGUCUCCCAAGAUGGAUUGAUGAUGGUUGAUGAAAGCAUCUCUCCUUGACAAUUUAAAGGUCUCCUCUUGGCUCAGGAGAGACGUCCUGGUAUUGACAUAUGUGGCCACCAUGGCAAAGAAUGCCUUGUGUGGGAAAACUAAAUUCAUUUUUUAUAUCCUCUUCCCCCUGUACCAUCAACAUAGACUUAACUCCCUUAAAACCAGAGACCUGUUGGAACCUGACCCCCUAAAAUUGGUUUUGCUGGUCUAUUGGGCAAUCUGGACUUUGCAGUGAUAAUUAUCCUCAAAGGAGCAUCGGUUCCUUUUAUAGACAAGAUUGUGGAUCUUCAGAAUGAUAAUUCUGCCGUUUUCAUUUCGUUUUUCUGAAAGUCAGGGUCGGCUUGUGAAAAGUUGUUAAACAACAUCCUUAAUGUGAAAUGUCAACCCUCACUCUAAGCUCUUCCCCUUUUCAAAGCAUUGAAUGAAGACUUCACUGGGUUUUAUAGUGGCUUUCUGAUUUUGGUAGUCUAUACAAGAAGGGAGUUUGGAAGUUCUUGUAAACUGUUAAUGAUUGUCUGCCCAUGUCCUGCCUGAAAUACCAUGAUUGUUUAUGGAAAGUAUCUUUAAUAAAGCUGGAUAAGGUUUG